CACCGCCAGGAGUUCAACACCAAUGCCACAACAGCAGGCGAUGAAGACGCUUAUAGUAGAGGUCUGAUGAGUGUAUCAUCUACUAACUGCAGAUAGAUCAGAAAAAUGGGUGUAAUGAAGUGCAGAGUUGUGUACAGUGGAGUAUAAAGCAGGGCAAAGGAGCACUAGAAGAUACAGGAAGAAAACUGCAACUGAGAGACAUGCAAGAACAAAAUGAAGCUCAGGGAGAAGCUGGCCUGCAGAAUGAGGAUCCUGUGGUCUCGUCACUCGUGUACAGAGCUGAAGCAUCAGCACUCACUCACCUUGGCGAAGUGCAGGGAAGAAAUGAGACGCAGCCGGCGAGAUGGGACAGGGUGGAUCAAAGUUUUGCUUUAAUGCCAAGAAUAAGCAGAGACUCUGUGACACAGUAUCUUCAGUACAGACCUGACCAAUCAGUGCUCAUUCUCCAUGCCAGAGUCGCUCAGAAGUCCUAUGGAAAUGAGAAACGAUUCUUCUGUCCUCCUCCUUGUGUGUACCUCUGUGGAGCUGGAUGGAAUCUCAAAGCAUCAGGUCUCGGUGAGUCUAGUUGUCGUGUGUGGGGGUAUAUGGGUCUGGAUGGCUCCCCUGGGACACAAGCAGACAACUUCAAGCUGAGCUUUGAAGAACAAACAGAAAGAAGGAUGUUUGCCUGUGCCAAAACCCUGUAUAUCUCAGAUACAGAUAAGCGGAAACACUUCCGUUUGCUGCUUCGUCUGUUCCACAGUGGAGGGCAGGAGAUCGGUUCUUUCCAAAGUGGACUUAUUAAAGUCAUCUCCAAACCGUCACAGAAAAGACAAUCCAUGAAGAACGCAGAUUUGUGCAUCUCAUCUGGUUCAAGAGUGUCAUUGUUUAAUCGCCUGAGGUCUCAGACAGUCAGUACGCGUUACCUUGCAGUGGAGGGUGGAGCUUUUGUGGCUAGUGCCAGACAAUGGACUGCUUUUACUGUCAUUCUAGUGGAGGAUCAGCAGACUGACCGCAGUGAUUACUCUGUAUGUGAGAGUUAUAUCUGUUAUGGCUGUGUGGUUCAGCUGGUAUGCACCAUUUCAGGAGUUGCACUGCCACCCAUGGUGAUUCGUAAGGUGAAUAAGCAGCACGCAUGCCUGGAUAUAGAUGAGCCAGUGUCCCAGCUUCAUAAAUGUGCAUUUCAGCUCAGAAACAGCAAGCACAUGUACCUCUGCCUCUCCAAUGAAAAAAUCUUACAGUACCAGGCUUCUCCAUGUCCAAAGGAGAGCAGUCGAGAGCUGUUGAAUGAUGGCUCAUGUUGGACCAUCACUGGUACAGAGGUUGUUGAGUACACCUUCAGUGAGAGCCUGACCACUAGCCCAGCUGUCAUCAGCCCCAUCCCUGUCAUUAAUGGACUGGAGCUAAAUGGAGGAGGCCAUGUGGCCAUGUUAGAGCUCCAUGGAGAAAACUUCAGUCCUUACCUAAAGGUCUGGUUUGGAAACAUGGAGGCUGAAACUAUGUUCAGGAGUCCGAGGUCUUUGCUGUGUGUUGUGCCUGAUAUUUCAGUGUUCGGUGGAGAGUGGCGGUGGUUCAGGCAGCCCAUCACAGUCCCUUUGUCUUUGAUACGAUUGGAUGGGAUGAUCUACAGAAGCUCAUUCACGUUUACAUACACACCCGAGCACAGUGCUUCCUUUCAGCCAUGUGCUACUGCUGAUAGAACUGCCAACUCAGACACCCUCAUUGACACCAUACACCAGGAGUUCACAAGAACCAAUUUUCACUUGUUCAUGCAGAGCUGACAGAGACUGAGGGUAAAACACAAAAAAAACCUAAUCCUAAUUUCACAAACUCAUGUAAAAUAUUUUGGUUUUGUCCAUUCCAAAAAUAAAAUACAUAGUUUUGUGCCAAUGAGCUGGACAUGUGUGGGAACAUCAAAAAAAAGAAACACUAGUAACACACCAUUCUCAGGAACUAAUAAGCUGCAAAAAAUGACAUCUUAGGAAAUACCUUAAAUAUAGUCAAAUUUAGCUAGUAAUUCCCAUUACAGGAUUACAAUAAAGCAAUAUAUAAGCUUUUUCAUGUCAAUGCUGGAAUCAAUGACAAACUCCAAUUCCCACAAUGCACCUCUGACUACAAACAUGGACACCUUGUACUACAACACCCACACGCCACGUUCAAUGUCACGUUCGCAGUCACCUGAUUACUGAUGGCACACACCUGGACUCAAUCACCACUACACACUACAUAAGCAUGCAUCUCUGUGUUUACACCUGAUGUACCAAGACAUUUGGUCAUUGUUGUGGAUUCUGUCUUUGACCUGCUUGUUUGUGAUCUUUGCCUUGCUCUUGGAUAAUCUGUUUGCAAAUCGCCUGAUCUCUUGCCUGCCUUUUGACCUUGAUCUCUGCUUCAUAAUUUGGAUUUGUUUGUUGUUGCCAGUUCUUUUAAUUAAAAGCAACUUUUGCUGCAACUUCUGACAAUAUUAUUAAUCCUAUUUCAAUUUUUACUCAUUUCCAGCUUAAAAUAGUCUUGUUCUACUGGCACAAGAUUUUGUUCAUUUGUAGCAUUUAUUUCUAGAAAAAAGCUAAAUUAUCUGCCAGUAGAAUAAGAAAAUUAAAAGUUUGAAAUGAGUAAAAAUAUCUAGAAAUAGGUUUAGUAAUCUUAUGCUUAUUAUAAUCUUAUAAUAAAAAAAACUAGAUAAAUAUGGCAUUUUUGCACUGUAGUUCUUCAUACACACACACACACAACUGAUUAUGGAAAAUGAGUUUUUUGUAAACAAUGUAUUUUUAAUGUAAAAAAUUACUGAAAUAUUUGUAAUGAAUUUGCUGGAUUCCAAACAAAAGGGCUAGUUUAUACUCGGAAGGAGAGAAACAAUGAUCAGGCACCAGAACAGCAAUUACAAAAGAGAUUAAGAACAAAGGCUUGGAAUCAUGACAGGUGCAGUGUUAGAGCGAGACUUCACAAAGACACAAUGAGAAUCUGGGUUAUUUGUGAGUGUGAAGCUGAUUGCAAACAGGUGAGUUCUGUUGGUUAUUGUGAACAAGAGUACUGAUCAUGCAAGGAUGUUGCAGGCUAGGGGUCAUGGAAAUUGUAAUCUG